AAUCCCUCCUCACUCCCACGCUCAAGCGACGUCGACUCGCACCAACAGCUGAUUCUCCAAUAAUCCAAUCUCCAAACCAUUGAGUUCUCGCGCCACGUACCUACAGAUCCGGCAAUGGACAACCAUGGAGAGAAGACCAUCAUCCACACGCUGCGAGACGCGCUGCUUCACUUCGCAGUCAAGUCCAAGAAGCUCGCGUCGCCGCUGCUGGAGCCGUUCGGGCGCGCGUCCCAGCCGGCCACCGUCGACGACGACGAGCUGACGGCGCUCAAGUCAAAGCUGCGGCGGAUCCGCACCACGCUCCGCGACGCCGAGAGCCUGUCCGUCACCGACCGCUCCGUCCAGCUGUGGCUGGCCGAGCUCGGCGACCUCGAGCACCGGGCCGAGGACGUUGUCGAGGAGCUGGAGUACGAGUCCCGCCGCUCGGCGCAGCUGGAGGAGCUCAAGCAAGACCUGCUCUACGCCGCCACGACGGGGAAGCGGCGCCGGGAGGUGGCGCUGCUGUUCGCGCCCGCGCCGGCGAGGCGGCUCCGCCGCAAGAUCGACGACGUCUGGGCGAGGUACGAGGAGAUCUCGUCCGACAGGAAGAAGCUCCGGCUGUGGCCCGGCGACGGCGCGCCCCGGCCCGCGGCGAGCCCGCUCGUGCCAAGCAGCGCGCUUCCCCGUAGCGAGCGCCUCCACGGGCGGCAGCGCGACAUCGAGAGGGUCGCCGCCGCGCUAGUACGCGGGGAGCCGGACGCCGGGAGGAGCUACGCCGUCGUGCCCAUCGUCGGGAUGGCCGGCGUCGGCAAGACGGCUCUGAUGCAGCACGUCUGCGGCAUGGAGGCCGUCAAGUCGCACUUUGAACUGACGCACUGGAUUUGGGUCUCCCAGGAGUUUGACGUCGUCAGCGUGACCCGCAAGAUCGUCGAGGCGGUCACCAGAUCACCGCCGGAGUGCAGCGAGCUGAGCACGCUUCAUGAGCUCAUAGUCGAGCACCUUGCGGGGAAGAGGUGUUUGAUCGUUCUCGACGACGUGUGGGAUGACAAUCCCAGCCACUGGAACAGCCUGACGGCCCCGCUGAGCUGCUGCGCGCCAGGGAGCGCGGUUGCCGUGACGACGAGGAGCAAUAAGGUUGCUAGGAUGGUGAGCACCAAGGUGUAUCAUCUCAAAUGUUUGUCAGAUGAAGACUGCUGGCGUGUAUGCCAGCGACGGGCGCUGCCCAAUAGCGAUGCCAACGUCGACCAAGAACUUGUAGAGAUCGGUGAGAAGAUUGCAAAGAAAUGUCAGGGCUUGCCAUUGGCGGCAGAGGCAGCUGGUAGCGCCCUGAGCACUUCAACCAGCUGGAAGCACUGGGAUGAAGUCCUGAAUAACGACUUGUGGGCUGACAAUGAGGUGAAGAAUCUGGUACUGCCGGUCCUGAAGGUGAGCUACGAUCACCUGUCCAUGCCGCUGAAGCGUAGCUUUGCCUUUUGUUCAUUGUUUCCAAAGGGCUUCGCCUUCGACAAAGAUCUGCUAGUCCAGCUGUGGACUGCGCAGGGUUUUGUGGAUGCUGAAGGAGACUGCAGCCUUGAAGCCAUUGCCAAUGGCUACUUCAAUGACUUGGUGUCAAAGUGCUUCUUCCACCCUUCCCCAUCUCAUGCUAUCAGCGAAGGGAAGUUUGUUAUGCAUGACCUGUACCAGGAGCUUGCUCAGUUUGUUUCAGGCAAUGAAUGUAGGAUGAUACAGCUCCCUAAUUCGAUGAAAAUAGAUGACAGCCCUCGGCAUUUGUCCUUUGUCGAUGAGGAAUCUCAUUCUGUUGAAGAAAUAAACUUAAACUCAUUUUGUGGUCAUCGUGAUCUACGAACCUUCCUGUUCAUUACAAAAACAGAAUAAAACCAGGAGGAGAUGGCCUUCAGAACAAAGAUUCCUUCU